AUGUCAUAUUCCGUAAUUUCAAAAGCUACUUUAUAUGAGAUAUUAAAGUUAAAUUUUUAUUUUCUUUUCUUUUUGUUUAAUGUUGAUAUCUCAAAACAAUUUGAAGUCACAUAUACUGUAGUAAAAAAGUGUUGCGUUGUAGAAAGAUUUACGAUGACGAUAUUGCUGCUAAGUAAAGAACGACAACAGUUGGUGUACGUUGGCGCGAGAAAGCAGCUUAUGUCAAGUGUUGGUAAAAUGUUCAAAGAUAGAUAUCUCUGA